CAGCAUAAAAUUCCCCCCAGCAGGCUUUGCGGCAAGCAAACAGCAAGCGAAAGCUCAAGAAUCAUGUUUAAACAGAAAGCUUGAUCCAGUUAAAAACACUGAAAAAUAAGCUGUGAAUACAUAAAUAACAACAUAUUUCUACAGUAAGAAUGGGCCAUCGAAUUGACGAUGUGAUGAAGUUGUGCUGUGAGCUGUCUGCCAAUCAGCAGAUCAAGAAUACAGUAAAAGGUUCUGGGAAGGGAGCAGCAGCUGCAGGUGGACUCGCUUUCGCUGGAGGCUUGAUGGGGGGUCCCCUCGGUAUUGCUGUGGGUGGUGCAGUGGGUGGUCUCCUGGGCUGCUGGCUGACCAGUGGGCAGUUCAGGCCGCUUCCACAGAUCAUAAUGGAGCUCAGCCCUCAGCAGCAGCAGAACCUUUAUGAUGAUCUCAUGAGGAUCCUGGGAGAUAUUCAGUGGACCGACCUGGCUCAGUUAACCGCUCUGGUGAUGGGCAACUCCAUGCUGAAGCAGCAGGUCACAGCGGCUCUUAUCGGGUACAUUUCUAAGGAGCUCCAGGCUGAGGUGCACUAUGUGGAUUAGUGUCCAUCUAAAAACUGAAUGGGCUGAUCCAAAGUCUUACAGGCUCAGAGGAAUGGUACCAUAAAGAAAAAAAUAUGAACUGUUGCUAAGAAUGUAAAAAUACAGCAGUGCCAACACAAUCAUCAUUUGUCAGUAAUAAAACAGUUAGCACUUUGUUAUAAAACUGUGCUGUAUGUUUUGGGACAAAAAAAAAUAUCUACAGUUUUUACUUGAAGGAAUUAUUUAUUAUGCCUUUGCCUGCACUGAAGAGGCCAGUCUGGCUUUAAAUGUAAUGGGGAAAUUAUGGCCUGACGGACAUGACAUGAUAAUGGGAAACAUCACUAUAUGCCCAUGUGUUUAACCAGUUCUUUCGUAUUUUUUUCUUUGGUAGUUCAUAGUUUUUCUAAAUCAUGGAGUUAAUCAUAAAAAUGCUCAUAUCUCAAAAAUAUAUUGUCAGGUGCAUCUCAAUAUAUCACAAUAUUAUUGAAAGGCAUAUGGAUUACAAUUAAAAAGGUAAUGAACAUUCAUCACAAAUCACACACAGGAUGAUGUAUUUCAAGUGUUUUCAGUUGUUUUUUGAUUAUGGGUGAAAAUCUAGAAUUUCAUUUCUGAGGAAAUUGGAACAAAAUCAUAGGACCGAUUUAAAAGAAUUUUUAAUACAGAAAUGAUGUGGACUACAAAAUUACAGAAAAAAGACUGUGGGCUCGACAGCUGUCCUUCGGACAGCCACUGACACCCUUCACAAGGCUGGUAGACAACAAAAUGUCUCUUACAGAAUCUGAGAAUUUGGAUUUCUAGUUCCACUUAAAUUAAUUCAAAAUUGAGUGGAAGGCAAAGGUGUAGAUAAAGGUGCACAAGCAACAGAGAUUAGUAGAGCCUUAAAAGGAUUGUAAAGUAAAGCCAAUUUGAGAGUUUGGGGCAAUUUAAAGAACUGACAAGCUUCACAAAGAUGCCGACACUGUCAGAAGUAGCAAUACCUGGUUUAAUAGCCGUGGUGUCAGAGUUUAAUUGUCAAAAAGAUUGGUUGAUCUAAAGAUAUAGAUAACCUAUAGAGUUUUAUUGAGAGGUAGAUGAGACGACCUCAGUGAUUCAUGCAAAAAGAGCCGUGGUGUGACUUUCUGAGAUAUUCAAGUUGGGUUUUUAUUGCUAUAAGCCAUAAAUCAUGUAAAUAACAAAAACAUCCUCGAAAUGCAUCACUGUGUAAUGAAUUUGAUUGCCUUAAUAGAAGUAAUAAAGUCACUUCUUAAUAUUCAUUUAUGAAGAUUUAACUAAUAUUCUUUAAUUUAGAUAUAAAAAUACCUGAAGCUGUUUAAGAGCAGGGUUUAUGAGAUAGUGGAGGGGUGAAAUGACCAGCUCUGCCUAAUGGUCUUGCCUGUUUAAUAAAUGAGUGUUUCCAAAAACCCUUGA